AUGGCGAACCAUGAUGGAGACAUCCAUGCAACCAAACCAUUCCCAUCUCUCAAAAAGUUGAUAAUUAAGAAGAUGGCAGAGUGGGAGUACUCGCAGAUACCAGAAUGUGACGUAUUUAGUAAUCUUGAAGAGGUUUGCAUAAUUGAUUGUCCCAAACUAAUUGGAGAACUUCCCAAACAACUUUCAUCACUGCAAAGCCUUGAGAUUUCUGGAUGUGACAAACUUGUGCUUCCCAAUGUUCAAUUGAGAAUCUUCAAUGGAAACAAUCAACAACUCUCAUCUCUUCGUAAGUUGAAGAUUAGGGCUCUAAAGAAUUUGAAAGAUUUGUACCUGGAGAUCAACAGGUUAACCAGUCUUGAGAAUUUGGAAAUAGAUGAUUGUGGGUCUCUGUUACCCUUUCCGGUAAGCUGCCUACCUGCCUCACUAAAAUCACUCGAAUAUUAUAAAUGUUGCAACUUGAACCUGGAGAGUGAAAGCUUGCAGGGUGGAUCCCCAGAGUUUUUGAGAUUACUUAAUUGUGACUCUCUCUCAGUCAUCUCGCUUGGUUCAUUUCCUAUGCCAAAAAGUUUUGACAUUGAAGAUUGCAAUAGUUUUGACAUUGUUUCAAUUCCAUCAUGUGGGAUUGGGAAUCAGAGUAGCAGCAGUGCUAUUUUGACAUCAUUGCAGUCUUUAUGUAUCCAAUACUGCGAUGAGCUAGUGUCUUUUCUGAAGGGAGGCUUGCCAGCUCCCAAUCUAACGCAGAUUAUUUUUCGGAAUUGCAAGAAGCUCAAGUCAUUGCCAGAACUGAUGGAAUCUCUGCUUCCAUCUCUUCGACGUCUGGAUUUAGACGGUUGUCCAGAAUCGAGUGCUUCCCCGAGGGAGGUUUACCCUUCAGCCUACAAUCCCUUCUGA